CACGUGCGACAUAUCCUUCCGAGCAACAGAGGAAAACACCGGAGAGAGAGAGGAGAGAGAGAGGAGCGGAGCAUCCGGAAUGGGCAACACGAAAGCGGCCACAACGACAAGGAAGACGAAGAAGAAGGGGCGACCCUCUCUCUUGGACCUCCAGCGCCGCAGCCUCCGCCUCCAACAGCAACGGGAGCAGCAGUGCGAUCCUGGCUCCGAUGACGAUCCCCGCCUCCGUGACUCAGCCGCGGCGGUAGCGGACGAUGACGAAGAAUCGGACCAUGGGAGGCGGGAGAAGAAGCUCCGCUUGGUCCUUCGCCUCCACAAUAACCCUAACGCUGCUGAUUCGGCUGUCUCUGGCUCCGAAUCCGAUGACCGCAGAAGCAGAAACCUCGGGGCCGGCGGGAAUGGUGCCGAGACAGAAAGGCAGAAUCCUACAUCGAAAGUGACGGAUCUUCCACAAGAUUUUGGACCCACUACACCAUUUCCGGACAAAAAGUUGUUGGUUUUCAUCCUGGAUAGAUUGCAGAAGAAAGAUACUUAUGGUGUCUUUGCGGAACCUGUUGAUCCUGAGGAGCUUCCAGAUUAUCAUGACAUUAUCAAACAUCCCAUGGAUUUUGCUACGGUCAGAAAGAAGCUUUCUGAUGGAGCUUAUACCAACCUGGAGCAGUUUGAGAAAGAUGUCUUUUUAAUCAGCUCAAAUGCAAUGCAAUACAAUGCACCAGACACAAUUUACUACAGACAGGCUCGAGCAAUACAAGAGCUUGCAAAAAAGAAUUUCGAUAAUCUAAGACAAGAAAGUGAUGAUAAUGAUGAAGAACCAAAGCCAGCAAGGAGAGGCAGGCCACCGACUAAAAAUAUCUUCAAGAAAUUAGGUCGGCCCACUGUUGACAAUGUUUGCUCCAAUGUCUCUUCCAAUGCGACGCUUGCUAAUGCAGGAGACAAUCAUCAAUCAACCAACUUGUUGAACAAUUUAUUUCAUACUGGAUUGGAUAAAACCAAGUUAACCAACCUGCCUACAAAACCUUAUGCUCUUCGCAAUACUGAACCUCAUAGUUUCCCCAAUGAGCAUACGCUUGAAAGGGAAGACAAUUCAGGUUCUGCCUAUAAAAGUGGUCCAUUGAAAUAUCUAAAGAAGUCCUUUGUUAUGGAUGAAAAUCGUCGCAGUACAUAUACCCUACCUGAGGUGGUCAACUCCCUAAUGGUGCCAUCAGUGUUAACGACAUUUGAUGGAGAGAGAAAGCAGCUGAUUCCUGUCGGCCUUUACACGGAGCAUGUUUAUGCAAGGAGCUUGGCACGAUUUGCUGCAAAACUUGGUCCAAUUGCCUGGGAAAUUGCUGCUAAACGAAUUGAGCGCCUUCUCCCUCCUGGGACAAAGUUUGGCCGUGGUUGGAUUGGAGAGAAAGAGGCACUGCAACAGUCUCAUCCUCUACCAUCUAAAUCCCCGAAUUCAUCCCAACCUGAAAACUUGGCAACCACAAGUGCAUCGGCAUCUGAACAUGCGUCUGAUGAUGCAGCGAUCGAAGUUAACACAGGCUCAAGUUCACCAGCUAUGCCCCUUUCUCAUCCAAGAAGAUCCAUAGAUUCUGCAGAAGUCAGUGCUAGAAGUCAAGCUAGUUCUUUGAAACCACAUAACGCUGUAGGCCUACAUGGUAUGUGGCAAAAGACAGGAAACCAACUUCCACAAGUAGUUGGUUUAGGGUUUAAUCGUCUUUCUCAAGUCGGAAAUACUGUCAAGGUAUCAGCAGCAUCUGGGAGUUUUAGUUCAGAGGCAACAAUAUUGCAUUCUCACACAUCGACAGACAUGCUGUCAAGAACUAACAUUCAAGCGUCGACUAGUAAUUUAAACACUGAUUCUGUAUAUUCAGUUACUGAUCCAAGUACCUCAUCAGUUUCCGGCAGCCACCUGCCUGAUGGCCCCCAUGAUUCUCAGGGAAUAAGGAGAGUGACCUUGAUGCCGAAGUCGGUUUCUAUUUCUCCUGACCUAAAUUUAGGCUUUCAAUCAACAGGAUCACCAGUUUCAGGGGUUCGAUUAGAUUCGAAAAACCCAAACCUAGCAUUGGGGCUCUGAAACUGUACACCUUUCCUUUCCACUUGGUAGAAGUUAGAGAACAGAAACGGCUUAUGGCUCAUGUUGUUACAAAUAGCGCCCCCUAGUGAUGCAGGUGUUUUAACAAUUGAUGAAACCCGCAUUCCGUUGUAAAAGUAGAAGGGUGUUUGUACAGAUUAAUCAUUAUCGAUAUUAAUUCUUAACAAGUCUUUUGUUGUUC